AUGAAUCAGCAUCACGUGCAACGGCGGCCGGCAAGCCAGCACGACACCCGCAACACAUGGAACGAGUACGCGCCGCAGAAGCAACAGUCGCAGUUCCAGCAAACUCCGGGUCCUUACCAGCAACCACCUUUGUCGCCGCAAUUUCCGCAAUAUCCGCCACAAAUGUCUUCGCAGUUCCCGCCGCCGCAGCAGCAGCACGAGCAAGCGGAGGAGUUUCCGUGGGACCAUGGCGACAACGUUCCCGUCGCCCCCGUUAUCGCGUUCCCUGGUAACCACCAGAGCGUCGCUGGUAACCACGCGGGUAACCACAUGGGCGUCGCGAGUAACCACGGUGGUAACCACCGCCGAUCGCGAUCCAUGGGAAUGGCGGCUAUGGGAAUGGGGGGCGUUGCGCCUGAUUUUCUUGCGCAGAUGGGAGCGCCGGGACAGUUUCCGCCAGGCCCAGCGGGAGCGGGGAGAGGCGCGCAUCCGCCUGCGCCAGGGGGUAGAGGGGAGGCGGGAGCGCAGGGGAGAGUCGGAGGCGAUCUGGACGGGCGCGGAAGAGGGGGAGGCGCGGGCGGAGGGGUUAGCGGCCCAGGGGAAGGUCCGAGGGGGAAAGGCGGAGCGGCGGGGGAACCUAGAGGCCCCGGCGGAGGAGGUCAGGAAGCGCAAGGCAAGGGGGCAAAUUUAGACAGUAUUGACCCUCGCUUCAAGCCUAAGUUUAUAAAAUCCGGUGGGCGGGUGUGGGAGAUGUUUUCAGGACCGUCCGUUAAUAUACUAAGAAGAGAGGACGACGCGGAUUUGCCGCCCGAGGACUUAGCGGCUAUGGUUGCCGCGCCUGUCGCGAAGCCCUCGCGCCAUCGGCGCACCAAGUCCGCCUUCCCCGCGGACUCCGCGCAAUUCCUGCAGGAAAUGGAUUUCCGCGGAGGGGAAGGGGGGAACAAAUCGGGGGAGGGGGCGGACGGGGAAGGGGGAGGCGGAACCGGGUUCGGCGGGGAUGGCGGAACUGGAGCGUGGGGAGCCGGCGGGGGAGGUGGGGGCGGGAAAGCGGGCGGAAUAGGGGCUGGGGGAGCUGUUGGGGGGAGGGGGAGCGGGCCUGCGGGCGGGCAGAGAAUGUUAUCGUCAGCAGGGGGGGUAAGGCGCGCCUCUCUUGACGGCGGCGGAAGGGGCGCCCCCCUUGAGGGUGGGGAAAGGCGCGCGUCCCUUGACGGGGGGAGGAUCCCCGCGCCUGUCCCCUCCUCCUUCUCAGACCCUUCCAAACCGAUCCCCGCCCAUCCUCUGAGGCAUCGGAGGAUAGUAACGAGAAUCUCUUGCAGCAACACCAGGAUGGCAAUUCCGGGAAUUACGGAAGUGGGAAUCAAGCUUCAGGCCAAGCAUCCGCCCUCCUUUCCCCUCUGCACGGCGGAAGCCUUGGAGGCGGAUUCUCUGCGGGAGGCGAAAGGGGCGGCGGAGGCGGAGGGGGGCGAGGCGCAAGGGGAGGGGGCGGGGGGCAGGGUCACAGGCGCAGUCAUAGCUUGCAGGGGCCUGGGGGAGGGGGCUGGGGGUUCUCUGGAGGGGGGGGGCGGGGAAGGGUGGGCGGGGGGAAACUAUCGGGCGGAGCAGGCGCAGGCCCAGGCGCAGGCGCAGGGGCAGGGGGGGCGGAUGCGGAGACCUAGCACGGGGCAGAUGGGGAGAGGCGGGCACGUGGGGGAAACAGGCUUGAUUGGGGGAGGGGGAAGAGGCGGAGGCAGGGGCUGGGUUGGGGGAAGAGGCGGAGGAGGGGGGGAAUUGGGGGGAGCCAGAGGAAGUGGUAUGAUGGGAAAUGGAGUGCUGGAGGAGGGAGUGAGAGGAGAGGAGGGAGAAGAGGAGGAGAUAGGGGAAGAGGAGGGAGGAGAGGAGGAGGGAACAGAAGUGGAGGAUGGGAGAGUGCUUCCGGGGGAAGAGGGGGAUGAUGAUGACGUUCCCGUUGCUCCUGUCUCCCCUGUUCCUGUGCAAUGGGGUGCAGCUAAUGCAGGGUUCAAGGACCCAAACUCAGGAGAAGGGACUGGGGAAGGGGCGGUUGAAGCAGGCCCUCACCCUCACUCCCCCCGCUCGGCUCACUCUUCAUCCUCCCCCAAUCCCCCCGUUUCCCCGAGCCAUGCUGGGGGGAGCUGGGGGGAAAGGGCGACGGGGGGAGUUGGGGGAAUGGGGGGAGCAGGACGGGGGGGAUCGCCCCUCCGUCCUUCUGCAGGGAAAGGGGGGGGAAUGGGGGGAGCAAGGGGGGGGAGGGGUGGAACAGGGGGAGGAGUAGGAAGAGCAGAAGGAGCUGGGGCAACAACACUUGCUGCUGGUGGUGCUGGUGCUUCUGGUGGUGGUAUGAGCGUGCUGGGGCGGCCCUUUGAGGAUAUAACGGAGCAGUUUUUACUGAGUAUGGAGGAGAUAGGGAGGGGACGAUCGGGCAGCAUCAGGCAGUGUGUGCAUCGGAGGAGCAACGAAGUGUUCGCGUGCAAAACAAUUCCCAAGGGGAAAAUUCAGAGCGAGGAGGCGGCGGAAGACAGCGAGGAGGCGGCGGAAGACAGCGAGGAGGCGGCGGAAGACAGCGAGGAGGCGGCGGAAGACAGCGAGGAGGCGGCGGAAGACAGCGAGGAGGCGGCGGAAGACAGCGAGGAGGCGGCGGAAGACAGCGAGGAGGCGGCGGAAGACAGCGAGGAGGCGGCGGAAGACAGCGAGGAGGCGGCGGAAGACAGCGAGGAGGCGGCGGAAGACAGCGAGGAGGCGGCGGAAGACGUGCGGAGGGAGAGCGAGGAGGCGGCGGAAGACAGCGAGGAGGCGGCGGAAGACAGCGAGGAGGCGGCGGAAGACGUGCGGAGGGAGAGCGAGGAGGCGGCGGAAGACAGCGAGGAGGCGGCGGAAGACAGCGAGGAGGCGGCGGAAGACAGCGAGGAGGCGGCGGAAGACAGCGAGGAGGCGGCGGAAGACGUGCGGAGGGAGCUGUAG